UGAAUUAAUGAAAAACAAGUCAAAAACUAAGAUCACUUUAAUUCGAACCAAGUGACUGAACAAUUUAAUAAUUUGUAUAACUAAUAUUAAUAUAUAAAUUUAUGAUUAUUAUUUAAUAGUUACAUAAGCGUUUUGUUAUUGUGACCCCAACUACUAUUACUCACCGAAACUAAUAGUAAACAAUGUAAUUCCAUUUAGUCAGCGAUUUACAAUCCAUUAAACUUCUGGUAUUUCCCCAAAAAAAAAUGUCACGGUCGAUGGGUGAAAGCGAUUCCCCCUUCAAAUCAAAUGGAUGGGUUUAGAAGCAUCAUCAAUGGGACCAUGGCUUGGAUGUGUCACCUUCAAUUGACGCAUUGGACCAAAAUGCCACAGUUUGUUUUCAUUAUGAUGGCGAUAACAAGCUCAUUACGCCUAGAACGUGCCCCGCACACUCACACAGUUGGCUAUAAAAAGCGUCGACUGGCUGUGGCACAAGUUUUAUUCUUUUGCCACGCUUCGAUUGCGUGUACUCGUAAAGUAAAGUGAGUGUGAGUGUGUGUGUUGGGAUAAAAAUGCAUUCAACGAUUUUCCAGUGUGUUGCAUUUUUAAUGCUGUCGCAGUCGCUGUCGCUGUUGUUGUUGUUGUCAUGGUUUAUGGAUCACGCCCACGCCGCCUACAACUGCUCAUCGCCGCCGAACUUUAACAAUUUCGACAUCAACUCGUGUUGCCGCACGCCGGAAAUCAAUCUGGGCAACGUGCCACAAAAGUGCCAAAAGCACGUAAAUCAAUUGAAAUCGGCGAACGAGAAAUAUCCGGCAUUUGCGCAUCUGUGCUACCCGGAUUGCAUUUAUCGGGAGACAGGCGCCCUGGCCAAUGGCAAGCUGCAAAUGGACAAGGUUCGUGCCUUUUUGGAGGAGCAUGUGCAUCGACGAGAUCGUGAGAUUGUGCCACACAUUGUGCGCUCCUUUGAGACCUGCACUGAGAACAUUCAUGGCCACAUGAAGUUGACCAACCAGCAGAGUUAUAAAGUGUUGACCCAAGGCUGUUCGCCCUAUGCUGCUAUGAUCUACAGCUGCGUCAAUGCCGAAACCUUUCUCAACUGCCCUGCGAAGAUGUGGAAGACAGAUCAACCUUGCAUCGUGGCCAAACAGUUCGCUCAUCAAUGCAAUCCGCUGCCUCAUGUGCCGCUGCCCAUGAGCUAAGCACGCUUAUCUUAUUGUUCGAUCGCAUUAGUUUUAAAUUUU